UUAAUCUGUCAUAACACACUUGGAAGAUCAGGCGUUAAACGGGCCCGGUGAGGUGAUCCGAGGACGGAGAACCACUGCUGAUAACCGGAUUCAUACUUAAAAGUUGAUUUCACUCCUGAACUUUGUCUUUUGACUCAAUCAGGAGAAGAUGAAGGUGUGUGUGUGAGCUUAUGUGGACGUGAAUUCAGCAGAAUGGACCAGUGUGAGGAUGGAGAGGAGGGAGUCCCUCCCUCUAAAACCUCUCUGUGUGGGGAACAUGAGAGUCGGAGCAAAGCUCAGAGUAAUCAACCUGGACCUGGACCUGGACCUGGACCUGGACCUGGACCUGGACCUGGACCUGGACCUGGACCCAGCUGUGUGUCCUUGAAGAGCGACUGGUCAAUUGGCAGGAUUAUUACGUUUACAGGAGACCAACGUUCUGCUGUAAAGAGAAAAGAGACUCUCUUGAACAUGAACCCAGCUGUGUGUCCUUGAAGAGUGUCAAGUCAAUGGAAUAUGUUAUUACCCUUAAAAGAGAC